GAGGCGCCACAGCCUGCUAAGUCUAGGUGCGGUCUUCUGCAUCCUCUUAUCUCACAACCUCAUCCAUACUCGCCGAUCUCUUCGAUCCUCUCCCUCGCUAUCCCUCCGACUGGUCCCGCUUAUCCGUGUGCGAUGUCGUUCGCCGCAUCUUCCGCCGUCAUUUCCCCCUCUACCGCUGCGUUCCCGCCACUCAUGCGCGCUCAGGAUAGAUCAGCGCAGCCGCGACCCCGCGGGCCUCCGCCAGUCCCCGCAACCUCCGCUUCCGCUUCCGCUUCCGCUGCCGCUUCCGCCUCCCCGUCCCCCGCUAUGCGCCGGCACGCUCCGCAAGCGACGUCACAGCGCGCCAAGCCGCGGGGGGCAAGGAGGCGGGUGGCAUGCCAAGCCGGUAGCGGGCGGGGGGAGGGAUCCGGAUCGGAGUUUCCAAACCCCGCGGAACUUCCGCCAAAGGCGGCGGAGGAGGAGGCGCGGAGGGACGGGGAGAGCCGCGCGGAGAUGAUUCGCGCAGAGGCGAUUAAACUACGGGAAGAGGAGGAAAGGAGGCUGUACGGGGAGCCUGGCGCUGCGCCACGGGAGUUAGUCGAGGCGGCGGUGGCGGAGGAGGAGGCGGAAGGGGAAGCGGACGGGGAAGGGGAAGGACUUAUGAAGAAAGUGGAAGCUUCUAGCCAGUCUGUCGCUUCAGCGGGUGGGAGCAGCCUGACCCGAGGGUCUUUGCGUGAACAGAGGGAGGAAGGAGAAGUGGAGGAAGAGGAGGAAAUAGAAGUAGAGGAGGAGGAGGAAGAGGAGGGAUCAGAAGUAGACGAGGAGGAGUACGAGGAGGAAGAGGAGGGGGAGGAUGAGGAGGAUGAGGAAGAAGAAGAAGAAGAGGAGGAGGAGGAGGAGGAGGAGGAGGACGAGGAGGACGAGGAGGCGUCGUUCGACAUGCGCAUGGUGACGGCCAUGGCGGAGGCGGGCGAGGAGGGGGGCGCGGGCGCGCUCACGGUGGCGGAGAUACUGGAGGACGCUGGGGUAGAGCCUUUGGACGUGGACGGGGACCUGACAGUGGAAGUGACAGGCAUUCAGGCCGACUCCAGGGAGGUGAAGCCGGGCGACCUGUUUGUGUGCGUGGUGGGGCAGCAGACGGAUGGGCACAUGUACGUGGGCGACGCAGCGGAGAGGGGCGCUGCUGCCGUGGUGCUGUCGCGGGGGGACGUGGAGGUGGAUGAACGGGUGGACGCUGUGGUUCAGGUGGAGGACACGCAAGGAGUGCUUUCGGCACUAGCAGGCGCAUUCUACGACCACCCAUCGGAGAAACUUGCCAUGGUGGGGCUGACGGGCACGAACGGCAAGACGACCACGACGUACCUCAUCAAGAGCAUCUACGACGCCAUGGGCGUGUCUGCAGGGCUGCUCGGCACCAUCAGCUACAAAAUCAAGGACCAGGAGCUGGAGGCCCCCAACACCACUCCAGACGCCAUUCUCCUGCAGAAGCUGCUCUCCCAGAUGGUGGACGCGGGGUGCGAGGCGUGCGUGAUGGAGGUGUCAUCGCACGCGCUCACCCUUGGGCGCGUGGCGGACGUGGACUUUGACGUGGCGGUGUUCACCAACCUCACCAGGGACCACCUGGACUUCCACGGCACCAUGGAGGAAUACAGAGACGCGAAAGCGAGGCUGUUUGACGCCAUGACGGACGCCAGCAGGCACAGGAAGGUGGUGAACCUGGACGACCCCCAUGCGGAGUUCUUCAUGUCUCGCGGCGGGGCGGACGUACCCACCAUCACCUUCUCCCUCGAGAACACCCAGGCGGACGUGCACGCGCUUGAGGUGGCGCUCUCGCUCUUCGAGACUGAACUGCUGGUCCGCACGCCCAGGGGCGACCUAGAAAUCUCCUCCGGCCUUCUCGGGCGGCACAACGUGUCCAACAUCCUGGCGGCAGUAGCGGUGGGCAUCGCCAUCAACGCGCCCCUGGAGGCCCUUGUGCGCGGACUGGAGGAGGUGGACGCCGUGCCGGGCCGCGCCGAGCUCGUGGACGAGGAGCAGGCGUUUGCCGUGGUGGUGGACUAUGCCCACACGCCGGACGCGCUCAGCCGCCUGCUGGAUACUGUUAGGGAGUGCGGGCCCCGGCGGAUCAUCACAGUGGUGGGGUGUGGCGGCGACAGGGACCGGGGCAAGAGGCCGAUGAUGGCAAAGAUAGCAGCGGAGAAGAGCGACGUGACCAUUCUCACAUCAGACAACCCCCGCACCGAGGACCCUUUGGGCAUACUGGAUGACAUGCUGGCAGGCGUGGGGUGGAGCAUGGAGGAGUAUGUCGAGUACAACCAGGCGGGCUUCAUCCCGCCUCUGCCCUCGGGCAACCGCCUCUAUGUCUACGACAUCCGUGGCAUUGCUGUGCGCGCUGCCAUCGCUAUGGCUGAUGAUGGCGACGCUGUGGUGGUGGCGGGCAAGGGCCACGAGACGUACCAGAUAGUGGGGCAGGAGAAGACCUACUUUGACGACCGGGAGGAGUGCCGGGAGGCGCUGCAGCACGUGGAUGAGCUCAGGACACACUUCGACACCUCACAGCUGCCAUGGCGGAUUCUUGACAUGAGCGACAUGAAGGUCAUUCCUGAUCCUGAUGCCAAUGCAUACUGAAGACAUUGCUUUUAGGGGUUUGCAGAGUAGUUACAGGUGGUAGUAGUAGAGCACAAAUUAUGCUGGUCAUGAAGAUCGUUUUUCCACAAGCUGAUUUGUGUGAUGUGAAAGGCGGGGGAGUUCGAGAUUGUUUUUCUCAGCAAUUGUUGAUACUGUUUUGACAACUACCUAUGUCACGUCAUAGCUCACUGGAU